AUGGCUGAAUAUAAACUCAACAUCCGCAUCGACAAGAACUGCGUUACAAAGUUCAAAACCAGUGGGCACAAGAUAUGUCUGGCCUUUGGCUUUGAUACCACCGCCAGACCGGGUUCCACCAAGUUCAACGUCAUCGGAUACUCUUCAGCCAGCAGCAGUGCGUUCGCCAGCGGAGUUCGCUUCGACGUUGCAACGACACCGCAACCCAUCUCCUCGGGAGAGACCUGGAUCCUGCCCCCGGACUGGAGCGACGGCUCCUCCACCCCCGACCCCGACGUGCCCGAUGACGACAUCUUGUUCGUGAACGAGGCGUCGUCUGCGUCUGCCGUCGUGUACAAGACGGUAAACGGCGUCGAAGCCCCCGUCUACGUCAGCCACUUCGGCCCCCUGCCUCCCGGGAGGGAGUCCUUGACGCCCAAGUUGCAAGCUGCCGUGUGGUUCCAGAUGGGCGCCGAGACCGGGGCCAUCGUUGACGAGCACGACACGCCCAUCCAUGUCAUUGAUUUCACGAAAGAGAGCUUCCAUGAGGUCGUGUAUGGUCCGUCGGGCUCGUGGGCUAUGGUUGAGUAG